GAUCAAAUCCGGCUCCUUGCUCUCGAUGGCGGCGGUGUCCGUGGCCUGUCAUCGCUCAUGAUACUUCAGCAACUCAUGGUCACCGUUGACCCGGAGUCACCGCCCAAGCCUUGCGACUACUUCGAUAUGAUCGGCGGCACCAGUACUGGCGGUUUGAUUGCCAUCAUGUUAGGCCGCCUCCAUAUGACCGUCGACGAGUGCAUCGAUGCAUACACUUGCCUUUCUAAUAAAGUGUUCGAGAAGAAGAAGCAUCGGGUCACCAUGAAAGGGCAAAUCCAGGGCAGAUUUGAUACGGCUAAGCUCGAGCGGGCGGUUAAGCAGAUCUUAAGCGAUCGUAGCUUUGACCCAGACACAUUAUUGAAGGAUUCUCCAAAUGCUCCCUGCAAAGUUUUUGUCUGUGCGACGAGCAAGCAAACUACCAAUACCGUUUGCCUAACGAGCUACCGAUCGCCCCGCGGCGGCACCCAUCUACUCAAUUCCACCAAAAUAUGGCAAGCCUGUCGUGCCACAUCCGCUGCUACAUCCUUCUUCGACCCUAUUACAAUAGGACCCUUCGAGGAAGAAUUUGUCGACGGUGCACUAGGAGAGAACAACCCCGUCUACGCGCUUUGGAACCAAGCCCAGGAUGUAUGGGGAGACCAGCCAUGGGGCAAAAUCCAGUGUCUAGUGUCGAUCGGCACCGGAAUUCCUACGCUAAAGCCGGUGCGAGACGAGAUUUUAGGAAUCUGGUCUACACUAAAAGAGCUUGCAACCGAGACGGAAAAGACAGCAGAGCAGUUCCGUCGCGACAAGUCGAGCCUUGAUGAGCAGGGUCGUUAUUAUCGCUUCAACGUUGACCACGGGCUAGAACACGUUGGGCUAGAGGAGUCAAAGAAGAAGAAGGAGAUCGCAGCGGCGACGAGCCGGACAAGAAUGUUACCUUUUCAAUUUGCUGAUAUUGUGUGGCUAGAUCGUGGUCCCUAUAGAACGGUUUUUACUCUGCAGGGCAUGCCUGCAUCAGAUAGAUUUGUCGAAAGACUAUCUGACACCGCCGAACUAGAAGGCUGCCUUCUCCCACGAGGUCUCUCCCGACAAACACGGCGACGGAUAUUUGUCCUCUACGGGCUUGGCGGUAUUGGGAAAACCCAGUUAGCGGCCGAUUUUGCUCGACGCCAUCAGGCCUUGUUUAGUUCUAUUUUCUGGCUGGACGGCAGGUCGGAGGGCCAGCUGAGACGGAGCAUCGCCGGCUACGCACAUAGGAUUCCCCAGGGCCAGAUUCCAGAUCGGAGCAGGAACUUUGUUACCGAUAGUGCGGAUAGUCUCAACAUCGCGGUAUCGGAUGUUUUAGACUGGCUUGGUCGGCCAGACAACAGGCACUGGCUUCUCAUCUUUGAUAAUGUCGAUCAAGACUACGAACACGAUGGCGCAACGGGCGCUUACGAUAUUCGGCACUAUCUGCCCGGCGACCACGGGUCAGUACUAAUCACAACAAGAUUAGCGUGGCUGGCGCAACUCGGUGGUUCGAAACGGUUGACAAAAGUGGACGAAGAACUAGGUAAAACUAUUUUCGAACAGUGGUAUGGGCGAGAAUUAGUCAUAGAUAAGACAGGCCGAGAGCUACUCUCUUUGCUAGAUGGCCUCCCACUCGCGUUAGCACAGGCUGCCUCGUACCUCCGCGAGACCGAACUAGAUACCUCCUCGUACGUUCGAUUAUAUAAGCAGCAGUGGGAUGACUUGAUUAGAUCCGACGAUGAGUACGGCACGUCACUAAUAGAUUACCAACGAAGCAUCGGGACGACUUGGAUGAUAUCAUUCAAAAUGAUUGAGGGCGAAAGCAAGAACGCCGCAAAUCUUCUCCGGCUCUGGGCCUUUCUUGACAACAAAGACCUAUGGUAUGGCCUACUACAUGCGGUUACAGACGGCCAAGAACAGUGGCCUAAGUGGCUUAGCGAGAUUGCAUCUGAUGAGAUCAACUUCUUGCGUGCUGCGAGAUUACUACGCCGCUACUCGAUGAUUGAGUCUCAGGAGGCCGUGCUAGGAAGUUAUGAACUACACCCUGUAGUGCACAGAUGGGCAUCAUAUAUACAAAAUAGCACCGUGAAGAGAGAGUUUCUACAACUUGCGGCAGUAAUAGUCGGGUUAUCAGUGCCCAGAAGUUCGACCAGAGGUUAUUGGAUACUUCAAAACCGGCUCCUCCCGCAUGCAGAGACGUGCUUAUUGUGGAUACAGAAUAUUUGCGAGGCUGGAUGGAUUACCGAGGAUAUUAGGUUUACGCACUCAAUUCACGAAUUUGGUCGUCUCUACUAUGACCAGGGCAAGCUGGCGGAGGUAGAGGAGAUAUACCAGCGAGCACUUGCAGGCUAUGAGAAGAUACUUGGUCCAGAUCACACGUCGACCCUUGGUACAGUCAACAACCUUGGGGCUCUCUACCGUGACCAGGGCAAGCUGGCGGAGGCGGAGGAGAUGUACGAGCGUGCACUAGCAGGAUAUAAGAAGGCACUCGAUCCAGAGCACACGGACACCCUCGGAGCAGUUAACAACCUUGGGAAUCUCUACCGUGACCAGGGCAAGCUGGCGGAGGCGGAGGAGAUGUACCAGCGAGCACUGGCAGGCUAUGAGAAGACACUCAGCCUAGAGCACGCGGACACCCUCGGUACAGUCAACAACCUUGGGAACCUCUACUCUGACCAGGGCAAGCUGGCGGAGGCGGAGGAGAUGUACGAGCGAGCACUUGCAGGCUAUGAGAAGGCGCUCGGUCCGGAGCACACGGCCACCCUCACUGCAGUCAACAACCUCGGUCUUCUCUACUGUCGCCAGGGCAAGCUGGCGGAUGCGGAGGAGAUGUACCAGCGAGUACUAGCAGGCCGUGAGAAGAUACUUAGUCCAGAGCACACGGACACCCUCGGUACAGUCAACAACCUUGGGAUUCUCUACUGUGGCCAGGGCAAGCUGGCGGAGGCGGAGGAGAUGUACCAGCGAGCACUUGCAGGCUAUGAGAAGGCGCUCGGUCCGGAGCACAAGUCAACCCUCACUAUAGUCAACAACCUAGGGGGUCUCUACCGUGGCCAGGGCAAGCUGGCGGAGGCGGAGGAGAUGUACCAGCGAGCGCUGGCAGGUUACCAGAACACUCUCGGGCAGAGCGAUCACCUGACCCAACGAGCCGCAACUCGAUUAAGUGCAUUAGUUCAAUCUCAGAAGCCUCGCACACGAAAGUUAUCUAGGCUUCUCUUCAGGAAAUAA